AUGGCGAUAUCCUCAGCUUCAUUGAUAUCAUCGUUCUCUCACGCAGAAACUAUCGCCAAACCUCCGAGAAUCGACACUGCGAAUCCACCAAACCCGAUUCUUCUAAUUUCCAAAUGCACUUCUCUAAGAGAGCUGAUGCAAAUUCACGCUUACUCAAUCAAAUCCCAUCUCCACUACGACGUUUCCUUCAUCACAAAGCUGGUAAAUUUCUGCACAGAGUCUCCGACGACCUCAUCAAUGUCAUACGCACGCCACCUGUUCGACGCAAUGUCUAAACAAGACAUCAUGAUUUUCAACUCCAUGGCUCGUGGGUAUUCUCGCUCCGAGACUCCUCUUGAAGCUUUCACUCUCUUCGUCGAGAUCUUAGAAGACGAUCUUUCACCUGACCAUUACACUUUCCCGUCUCUUUUCAAAGCUUGUGCAGCAGCAAAGGCGCUAGAAGAAGGUAGACAAUUGCAUUCUCUGUCAAUGAAACUAGGGCUUGAUGAUAACGUAUAUGUUUGUCCUUCGCUUAUCAAUCUGUACACCGAGUGUGAAGACGUGGACGCUGCUCGAUGCGUCUUCGAUCGGAUUAACGAACCGUGCGUUGUCUCUUACAACGCUAUGAUCACAGGCUACGCGAGAAGAAACAGACCAAACGAGGCUUUGUCGUUGUUUCGUGAGAUGCAAGGCAAGAGCUUGAAGCCGAACGAGAUUACUCUUCUGAGUGUUUUAUCUUCUUGUUCGCUUCUGGGAUCGUUGGAUCUAGGGAGAUGGAUUCAUGAGUACGCUAAGAUUCACGGUUUCUGCAACUAUGUGAAAGUGAACACAGCUCUGAUCGACAUGUUUGCGAAAUGUGGGAGCUUGGAUGAUUCCGUGACUCUAUUCGAGAAGAUGAGGCAUAAGGAUACACAGGUUUGGUCAGCGAUGAUUGGAGCUUACGCGAAUCACGGUGAAGCUGAGAGAUCUAUGUUGAUGUUUGAGAGAAUGAGAUGUGAGAAUGUUCAGCCUGAUGAGAUCACGUUUCUCGGUCUGUUAAACGCUUGCAGCCACAGAGGUCUAGUAGAAGAAGGGCGUGAGUAUUUCUCUCGGAUGGUUAACGAAUUUAAGAUUGUUCCGAGUAUUAAGCAUUAUGGUUCUAUGGUGGAUCUUCUUGGUAGAGCUGGACGUUUGGAUGAUGCAUAUAGAUUCAUUGAUUCACUCCCAAUAAAUCCAACGCCUAUGUUGUGGAGGAUUCUCUUAUCUGCUUGUAGCAGCCAUAACGAUUUGAAGCUAGCUGAAGAGGUGAGCGUAAGGAUCUUUGAGCUAGAUGACUCGCACGGUGGUGAUUACGUGAUCUUAUCUAAUCUUUACGCGAGAAACAAGAAAUGGAGAGACGUAGAUUCUUUAAGAAAGGUGAUGAAAGAUCGAAAGGCGGUUAAAGUUCCUGGUUGUAGCUCGAUAGAGGUAAAGAAUGUGGUUCAUGAGUUUUUCUCAGGGGAGUGUGUGAAGUCUAGAAACACAAAGCUUCACAGAGCAUUGGAUGAGAUGGUUAAAGAGCUAAAGCUUGCAGGGUAUGUUCCUGAUACGUCAAUGGUGGUUCACGCUGAUAUGAGUGACCAGGAGAAGGAGAUUGCGGUUAGGUAUCACAGCGAGAAGCUUGCGAUUGCGUUUGGAUUGCUGAACACUCCUCCAGGGACGACGAUUAGGGUAGUGAAGAAUCUUAGGGUUUGUAGAGAUUGUCACAAUGCAGCUAAGUUGAUCUCUCUUGUGUUUGGUAGGAGAGUUGUUCUGAGGGAUGUUCAAAGGUUUCAUCAUUUUGGGGAUGGUAGAUGUUCUUGUGGGGAUUUCUGGUGA